GCUUGGGCUGCCAGGACCAGAGCACUCAAGGAUGGAGGGCACGGCGUGGGGACCUGCACACCUGCACACCCCGUGUGCCCCUCGGGAGCCCCUCGGGCCCCCAGGCAGCGCUGGGAGCUCCCACGGCGCUUCUGGAGCCGGUGAUGUCUCUGCUCUGUCCUGGCAGCCGGAGCCGGCCGGUCCCAGGGGGCCCGGGGAGCCCGCGGAACCGCCCCUCGCUCCUCCUCCCCUCCUGCUGCUCCUGAUAUACCCUCCUGGCUCCGGCCGCUCCGAGCAUCCCUCUGCUCCUCUCCCUCACUCCCGCUCGCCUCACUCCUUUUCCCUUCUCCAUUUCUCCUCUCUGAACUUGCCCCUUCCCCCUGCCCUGCUCUCUCCACCGAGGAACUGACUGAAGACCCCCAGGCUGGGCCAGGGCAGGGGCCAGGACCCCCACACCAGAGCCAGGACCUCCACACUACAGCUGGGACCCCCAGGCUGGGCAAUGCCUCUCCAGAUAUUCUGCACCAUCUCCUUCUCCAGUGAGGAAGAACCAGAAGAUGCUGCAGCCACUGAGAAGGGAGAAGAUGGAGCAGACGAGUUCCUGUAUGGGCAGGAGGAGGAUGAAGACGAUGAGGAGGACACAGGGGCAACCACGGACUUCGUGGCCUUUGCCAGCAGCUGCACCCUGCACGGGCUGAGCCACAUCUUCGUGGAAGGCAGCCUGGGCGCCCGGCAGGCGCUGUGGGCGCUGGCCUUCCUCCUCUCCCUCUCCGUCUUCCUCUACCAGGUGGCCGACCGCAUCGCCUACUACCUGGAGUACCACCACGUCACGCUGCUCAGCGAGGAGGACAGCCCCGAGAUGAUCUUCCCCGCCGUCACCUUCUGCAACAUCAACCGUGUGCGGCUCUCGCAGCUCAGCCACCAGGACUUGCUCUACCUGGCUCCCCUGGUCGAUUACGAGCCCGGGAUGGAGCUGGGUUUCACCCCAGCCCAGCCCGACCCCUGGGAGGAGGACGAGCCCCUAAAUUUGUACGGGUUUUUUAACCGCACUUGCCAUCAGCUGGAGGACAUGCUGCUGAGCUGCAGCUACCGCGGCCAGCGCUGCGGCCCCGGGGACUUUGCGCCGGUCUUCACCCGCUAUGGGAAGUGCUACACCUUCAAUGCGGGGCAGGACGGGAAGCCACGGCUCAUCACCAUGAAGGGGGGCACUGGCAAUGGCCUGGAGAUCAUGCUGGACAUCCAGCAGGACGAGUACCUGCCAGUGUGGGGGGAAACAGAUGAGACCUCGUUCGAAGCCGGGAUCAAGGUGCAGAUCCACAGCCAGGACGAGCCUCCGCUGAUCGACCAGCUGGGCUUCGGGGUGGCUCCCGGCUUCCAGACCUUCGUGUCCUGCCAGGAGCAGCGGCUCAUCUACCUGCCGCCUCCCUGGGGUGACUGCAAGGCCGUGGCGGGCGACUCGGAGUUCUACGACACCUACAGCAUCACGGCCUGUCGGAUCGACUGCGAGACCCGCUACCUGGUGGAGAACUGCAACUGCCGCAUGGUGCACAUGCCAGGCGAUGCCCCUUACUGCACCCCGGAGCAGUACAAAGAGUGCGCGGAUCCGGCCUUAGAUUUCCUGGUGGAGAAGGACAACGAGUACUGCAUCUGCGAGAUGCCCUGCAACAUGACCCGCUACGGCAAAGAGCUCUCCAUGGUCAAGAUCCCCAGCAAGGCCUCGGCCAAAUACCUGGCCAAGAAAUACAACAAGUCGGAGCAGUACAUUGGGGAGAACAUCCUGGUGCUGGAUAUCUUCUUUGAGGCCCUGAACUACGAGACGAUCGAGCAGAAGAAGGCGUACGAGGUGGCUGGUUUGCUGGGUGACAUCGGAGGCCAGAUGGGGCUGUUCAUCGGGGCCAGCAUCCUCACAGUGCUGGAGCUGUUCGACUACGCCUACGAGGUGAUAAAGCACCGGCUGUGCCGGCGGGGCAAGUGCCGCAAGAACCACAAGAGGAACAACACAGACAAGGGCGUUGCGCUGAGCAUGGACGACGUGAAGCGCCACAAUCCCUGUGAAAGCAUACGGGGGCACCCAGCAGGCAUGACGUACGCAGCCAACAUCCUACCUCACCACCCGGCCCGGGGUACCUUUGAGGACUUCACCUGCUAACCGACGUCUGGAUGUACAACCUGAGCUACCAAAGCCCUGCGAGAGCUGCCCUUCUCCCCGCCAGCGCCAGCGGAGAGACACAUCUAGGGGGCCUUUGCUCCUCGGCACGGUGGGACACGGACAAGAGCGACGGCCUCGGAUUUCGGGGCGGGCAGUGGGGUCGGGCAAUGCCAGACCCCGGCGCAGCCCCCGCGGCAGCUGCUCUGCGCCUGCUCUGCUCCUUCAGAGACUCCAGGACGCUCCAGCCCGGCCGUCCCGCGGAGCGGGAGCGACACGCACAGUGGGCCAGGGCACGGGCCUGCCCCGGCUCCCCCUUGGCUCCCCUCGGCCUUUUUAACUAAAACCCAGAAGCCAAGAAGAAGCAGCCGUUCGGCCGCAGUCUCCAUCCACAGCCCUGUCCGUCUGUCCUCCGUCGUCUCCAUGCUCAUCCUACUCCAAUGCCUUGGCCGAGCUUGCCGGGCCCCCUGUGCCUGGUGGGAGGAUCAUCGGGGAGCCCCCGGUGUGCCCGGCCCAGGGCAGCAAGCCAGGGGUCCCCUGAGAGCGCCUCUGUCCCCCGGGACCGCAGCCCCGGCUCGCCUGGGCGCUCCCGGAACGAAGACGCAGCACCUCCACCUGUCCAUAACGUCUUCCUCGGCCCCUGUCCCGAGAUCAGCCCCGGGAUCAGCCCCGGGAUCAGCCCCGGGAUCAGCCCUG